AUGGCUCGCAAGGAUGAGGAGCUGCGUCAGAGAAAAGAGGGCAAGAGCUCAAGGGCAGUAGGAGAUGAUUCAGAUGAGACCAGCAGCUCUGGAUCUGAUGACGACGACGAUGCGGACUUGAGGCGACAGCUCGAUGAGCUCGAACAAGAGGACGACGAGCCCCAGUCGAAGUUGAUGAAGAUGAAGUUUAUGCAAAAGGCGGAGGCGGCGAAGAAGAAGGCAAACGACGAACUCAUCAAGGAAAUUCGCAGAGAGUUGGACGGAGAAGAAGCUCAAGUGUCUGAUGAAGAGGAAAAAGGAGGCGAGAUUGGCCGAAGGCAGUACGGCAACGGAGCGGCCAACCCGUUCGCCAUGCCGCAGAACAUCUCAGCCCGAGAGGCCAAGAAGAAUCGCGUCAAGGACUCUAGAGAAGAGGAACAAGACGUGAGCUUCGCAAACGGGGACGGAGCUCCUCACAUCACCAACGGCUCGGUUAACCACGCCUGGUCGACCCCCGCCGAGACAACGUCUUCUGUAGCGGGAGCCUGGUCCCAGGGCGAGUCGCGCAGAAAGAAGUCCUCCUCGGCACGCGCCGACGACCUCGAUCUCAACGCCAACAUCCUCACCGCCUCUCAGCCGUCCAAGCCGAAAACCAAGGCCUCUGCCGCCAAGAAGUCAAAGUCUCAAGACCAAGACGACGACGAAUUCGAGGGAUUCGAUUCCGAGUCUGAUGCCGAGUCGGAGAACCGCCUGCCCCUGGCCAUCCGGGACAAGGCCCUCGUGGCGCGCGCCUUUGCAGGCGAAGACGUCGUCGCCGAGUUCGAGCGCGAAAAGGACGAGAUUGCCGAGGCGGACGACGACAAGGUCGUUGACAACACCCUCCCCGGAUGGGGCUCCUGGGUCGGCGAAGGAAUCAGCGCCCGCGAGAAGAAGAGGCACCAGGGCCGCUUCCUGACAAAGGUCGAGGGCAUCAAGAAGAAGGACCGCAAGGACGCCAAGCUGGACAAAGUAAUCAUUAACGAAAAACGCAUCAAAAAGAACGACCGCUACCUUGCCUCCCAGCUUCCCUUCCCAUUCGAGUCGAGACAGCAGUACGAGCGUGCCUUGCGUCUGCCUGUUGGCCCCGAAUGGAUGACCAAGGAGACAUUCCAGGACAACACGAAGCCGAGGGUUAUUAUCAAGCAAGGCAUUAUUACGCCCAUGUCGAAGCCUUCUGCAUAA